AGUUGGAGAGAGAGAGAGUAACCUAUACAGAGAUGGAGGCAGAGAUAGGGAGAGAGACAGCAAUAGGAGCAGAGAAAGAGAGAGGUUUGGAAGUAGGGACAGAGAUAGGGACAGAGACAGAAAUAGGUUUGGCAGUAAGGACAGAUACAGAAAUGUAAGUCAAGAAAGAGACCGAUACAGAGAUGCAGAUACAGCAAAAGGUGGUUACAGAAAUGGAAACAGAGAUAGAGACAGAGAUAGCAGAGAUGGAGAUCGAUAUAGAGUUGGAAGCAGGGACAGAGAUAGAUAUGGGGGAUUAAGCAGAGACAGAGACAGAUUCAGAGAUGGAAGUGGAAGCAAGGAUGGAGUCAGAUACAGAGGUAGAAGUGGAAGCAGGGAUAAAGGCGGAUACAGAGAUAGAAGUAGAAGCAGAGAUCGAGACAGAUACAUGGGUGGAAGUAUAGGCAGAACCAGAGACCGAGAUAGAAAUAUAAGCAGGGAGAGGAACUUCCCAUACACAGACUCUUCAGAGCCUCCAUAUGACCGAGCAGGAUACAAGGAUGGUGGCUUUGAUUACCAAGAUCAAACACAGAGGAGAUAUGAUUCCCCUUAUAGAAGAGGUAGUCCAGUGCAUCAGAGUAAUGCCAGUUUAUCAUAUGGCAACUACACAUAUUCAAGAAGAGGAGAUUCACCAUACCAAGCAACAGAGAACUCAUUGUACCAAAGGAGAGCGAGCCUCCGCCAUGGAGGAGAGAGUUCAUAUCAGGAAAGGGGAAGGCUCAAUGACAUUCAGGGUGUUCUACAGAGUCAGUUUCAGAGACAAGAGCAAGCGCCUGCAGCUCCAGUUUUCUCGCCUACAGAUUACCAGUUGAAUAUCCCCCACACAAAUCCUCAGCCUCCAAAGGAAGAUGUUCUUCAAGGUGCAGUCGGGCAUUGGCUGAUGCAUAUGGCAUCAUGCAGUAUGGAGAGCAAGGAAGAUGUUGAUAUGGGCUUAAAGAUCAUAAGCCUGUUCCUGAAACCACUCAAGGAAUACAGUUGCAGACUGCAGGAUACAUCAUCUUCUGAUCUGAUAGCAGCAACAGAGGUUAAUUUGCGAUCACUAAGAGAAUAUAAUAUCUCCAGCAAGCAGACAAUAAUGGACUUUUUAUUGAAAAAUAGUGUGCAAUCAACCUUGAGGCAAACACAAAAUGAACAGCAGCGCUAUGAUUACUAAUACUUUUUAAGAGAUCAGAAGAUGCAGAUGUUUCAUAAACAUUCAUAGUUGACUUUAUUAUAAUUGAUAUACUAUUAACACAAAUCUUUAUAUUUGUUUUCUAAGUGAAGUUGUUUGUUCUUUUACAUUUACCAAUAUUCACGUUAACCCAAUACCAACGGGUAUGGCAUGUACAUAUGUACCAUUCCCAUUGUGAGUUUAUUAAUUGUUUUUACAUGUAGAUGGCUACCAGUGGUCACCAAUGAGCUUAUCUCACCCAUUUUAUUUUGCUCUUACUAAUGUUUAUAACACUAUAGUAAUUAUAAUGUCCAUGAUAAAAGUGACACCAUCGAUAUUCAUAGCAUUAGUAAAAAAUAUGUUUUUCCCGCCAAUUUGAGAAAGGUGAAAUCAGAUAAGGUCACAAGGUCUACUAAUUGACUCCUUUGGAGCUAAUUACUAGCAGAGCCAUCUAUGUGCAGAGACAUUUCAUAAAAAUAAUAAGUAAUGAGUACAGCAUUUUAGCUGGCAGCAUGUGGUUAAAAAACCCAACUUUUGUAAGAAAUUAAAUUGUUAGCAUUGAUAUACCACUGCAUAUGGAAACAUUGUAUCCCAAUUUUACAAUAAUUUUUGUUGUUACUAGUUUCUGAAAUGAAGUUUCAAGAUUCUUAUAUUGCACGUUAUGUAAGUUUGUAAGAUAAACUUCACAAAGAAAAUGUUGUACAGAUAACUAAUGUACUACUUAUAAAAUUUAAGAGACCA